AUGGACGCAGGGAUAUCAGGCACGCUUCCGAACUUGAGUGCGGUGGAGACGGCUCCACAGGUGUCUACACCGACAAACGAACAGAUGCCCAGUGGUCCUUGGCGCAUCGGAAGGCGGCACGCUUCGCGUUCCUCUAAUAAGACCAACCUGGGGGAGACCACGAGUACCAGCACCCUCGCAAGCGUUGCGCUUGCAGAGCUUGAAGUGGACAAUUUGCGACUUGAGCUGGAAGAACGAGACGAAUGGCUCAGCCGACUACAGAAGCAUCUGGAAGAGUCUCAAAAAGAAUUGGAGUCUUCGCGAGCGGAGGCCCUGCGUUUGAGGCAGGUUGUAGCGGAGCAGAAUGGACGCCUAGUGGAGUUUGAGCUCAAACAGCAGACGCUCACAGACCAAAUCCAGCGAUUGCAGCUACAGAGUGUGGCGCAAAGUGUGGUAGAUUCCUGUGUCAGCGCCGCAGUUUUCAAGGUGCAUUCGGACAAUGCCGCAGCGAGCAGUGUCCCUGCAGCAACGACAGCUUCGUGCGAACGUUUGCAGGUAACCUUGCUCCGAGCACAACGCGAUGCUCGGGAGAUCCACGACUUGCUCAGAAUGCUGGCGCGCUCGCAAAAGUCGCUUAUUGAGACCUGGCGCGAGAAUCUCCCGAGACUGGCACAAGCGCUACCUCAGCUUGCUGAUCUGGUUCCCGCUGUCGUUCUACAGCAACUUGAAGAACAGCAACGAAAAGCGAUUGAGGCCGAGUACGCUGAACUUGACAAGCGUCUCCGUGCUCGGGAAGGAGCACUACGCGAGCGCGAGUCCCGCGUGGAAGAUCUCGAAGCGCGAAAGGAAAGCGUCUUGCAGCGAGAGAAGGAACUUGAGGCAUGGGAGGCACGCCUGCGCGACAUGCAGCGCACCCUCGAAGAGCAGCGUGUUCGGAUGGAGCGUCUCAUGCAGGGAAUGGUUCCUGUUGAGCUUGUGGAGGCACGAGAGCGCAGUUUGCGACAUCGGGAGACUUCCGUCGAGAUGUACGAGCGUUCGAUAGAAAGAUCGCUGCAAGCCCGGAAAGCUUCGCUUCUUGCAGAACAGGCAGAACUCGAGAGCCGUCUUCACGAUGAAUGGGCGCGAUUUCAUCUGCAGUGUGAAGCAGAACGUCAUGAUCUCCAACGAGAACUGGAUCAAGAGCGCAUGCUCUUUCGGGAACGCAUAGAGGCACAGCACUUCGAGCUUCAGUCACGGUUUGAGGAAUUUUCCAUGGCGGCUGAGGCCGAGGCGGUCUCGUUCAGCAACCUGCUUCGUGAUACAGUGUCACGUUUUGCGAUGGAGGUAAGCGCCGCGAAGCAGCUGAUUGCGGAGCUCGAUUCAAGGUUCCAACGAAUUCUCGAGAACGCAGAACGCCAGGCGGACCUUUAUCGACAGGUCCUGCGCUCCUGA